AUGCCAGAAGCAGUGGGUGAUUCCGGCGUAAAGGCCACAGGAAAGAGGAAACAUACAGCAAAUGGGGAUGUGAGCAAGAAGAAGAGGAAGUCCGAAAACACCCACGACGACGACAAUGUCCAAACGACGAUUGAGCGGCUUGAAUCCGAGAUCCAAGAGUCCAAAAAGCAUUACAACAACAUAGCGACAAUCCUCAACCUCGCGCAAGCCCACAAUGAGAAGCCGAAAGCCGCAUUAGCCGCCUCCGAGGCCCUCUGUCGCAUCUUCAUCCGCCUGCUCGCGGCGGGCAGCCUAGUGAAGCGGAAGGAUGCGUCGGAGAAGGAUGCCACUGUCACGAAUUGGCUGCGCUCGCGCUUGGAGGACUACCGCCGCGCCCUUUUGGCCAUGUUCCAGAGCGCAAAGCUGGCGUCGAACGCUCUAAUGCUGGCCAUGGCCCUGCUGAAGGCCGAAGCCCAGCACCUCAACGACUCGGCUGAGGCCAUCUUUCCGCGCUAUUUCUUCUCGGAUAUUGUGGCCACUAUUCUUGAGUCCCCUGUUGAUCAGGUGAUGGAGGAGUUUUCGGAGAAGUUUGUUGAUGAGUAUCAUGACAUUCGCUAUUACACUUUUGAGGCUAUCAAGGCUUACAUCAACGAGCGAGAACACAACGUCAGCGAAGAAAUCCGGGACACGGUGUUUGAGCUGUUGAUCUCCAUGGAGGACGUGCCAGACUCGAACGACGACCUCGAAGAAUUCUACAUCGAGCCGCCUCAGAAGAAGAAACACCCCCUGCGGUCCUUGUCCCAGCACAAGAAGCGGGCGCAGGAGGCCUGGCUAGCACUCAUGCAUCUCGGUCUAAGCAAGGAGCAAAGAAAGAAGGUCCUGGAAGCCAUGUCCGGCUCGAUCGCCCCCUGGUUCACCCAGCCGGAACUGCUCAUGGACUUCCUAACCGACUGCUACAACACGGGCGGUUCCAUCUCGCUGCUCGCCCUGUCGGGUGUUUUCUACCUGAUCCAAGAACGCAACCUCGACUACCCCGAGUUCUUCUCCAAACUCUACUCGUUGCUCGACGCAGACAUCCUCCACUCCAAACACCGCUCGCGCUUCUUUCGCCUCCUCGACACAUUCCUCGGCUCGUCACAUUUGCCCGCCGUGAUGGUGGCAAGCUUUAUCAAACGUCUAGCCCGGCUCGCACUCAACGCACCGCCAAGCGCCAUCGUGGCCAUCGUGCCGUGGUUCUACAACCUCUUCAAGAAGCACCCCCUCACGACCUUCAUGAUGCACCGGGUACCACGGACGCAGGAAGAGAGGGAUCUGCUCGAGAGCCAGGGGUUGGAAGACCCUUUCUUGCCGGAUGAGAAAGAUCCCAUGGAGACACGGGCGAUUGAUAGCUGUUUGUGGGAAAUUGUGCAGCUGCAGUCUCAUUACCACCCCAAUGUGGCCACGAUUGCCAAGAUCAUCUCGGAGCAGUUCACCAAGCAGGCGUAUAGUCUGGAGGACUUUUUGGAUCACUCCUAUGGAAGUUUGUUGGAAGCGGAAAUGGCCAAAGAGGUCAAGAAGCCGCCUGUUGUCGAAUACAUGAUACCCAAAAGGAUCUUCACCAAGGCUGGUGACUCCCCCGAGGAGACUGAUAGCUUGCUCGUUAGUCUCUGGGACUUUGGGUCGCCAUAG